CGGUGUUUGUGAAAUUGUGCGUGUGUUUUGACGACUGGAGGAUCAUUGGAGGAUCGUUCGAGCACAGUGUGAUUGGAUUUCAUUAGGAAUCCAAACGUGGCAGACAUGUCGAGACUACGUCCCGGUCGGCUUGGAGUCGGAUCACCUGGUGCCGACUAGGGUACAAAAGGUGGUGUCUCAAGACAGCAAGGAAGAAAAAAGGGGGCUAGGAAUAGGUGGAAGAAGAGGCUGGAUCGCGAGUCGAGGCGCAAAAUGGGAGCAGCCUGGCGGGAAUUCGUGCUGGGAAGCCUGAUCCUCGGACUCCUCUGGAGCAGCCUACUGAAGGGUGUCCUGACCAACUCGACGAACAGGUGCGACUACCCGCCGUGCUUCUGCGACCACCACGGCCGGCUGACCUGCGACUGUAAGGAAGAAGGAGAGGAGCUGGUGUUAACCACGGACGGGGAUCGAAGGCUGAGCCCUCACACCAGCCGGAUAGUGGUGAGCAACUGUUCAUCGGUGAUCCUGAUGAACUCCAGUCUGACCUCGAUGAUUGGCCUACGGUCCGUGGAUCUUAUCAACGUGGCGAACCUAAGCCUGGUCAGACAGAGCUUCGAGCUGUCGUCGCGCACCACACGCACGCGUAUCACCGUUAGGAACAGCAGCAUCGACACUAUGCCAAGCUUCGUUUUCCGCGGCGACGUCGAGGCGAUCAGUUUCGAGAACGUGAGGAUCGGUCAGCUGAGCGCGUUCUCGUUCGCGAAUCUCGUGCAAACGGACACACUCAGGCUAGAGAACUGUCGUAUCGAGAGCAUGGAGGCGCAAGCGUUCAAGAAGUUCGACGUCGAUUAUCUGCACGUGAUCGGUGGAAGUUUCGGGGAUCAGGUGCCAAGCAGGACGAUGAACGACAUCGAGGUGUACCACAAGUUCAUGCUGGACGGGGUAAGAAUGGGCACGGUUCGUAGCGACGCGUUCAUCGUGCGAAGCCCACGAACUGUGGCGAUACAGAAUUGCAUAGUGGAGAGUUUGGAGAGCGAGGCGUUCGACGUAACAGCGCGCGGCGCGGUGAUCGUGAAAAACAACACGUUCGGUAGCUUAGCGGUGGGAUCGUUUCUUGGUAUACGAGCGGAUCCAGAGUCGAGGACACCGCCAGGUUCUCUGCCGACGUACCUGCACGAUCUAAUCUUCAAAAAUAACAGCGUGGUGAAUUUCGAGGAGGGCUCGAUGAUGUUCGAUCGGGCCAGUUUUCGGUUGGAACUGGACAAUCUAUUGGUCGAGCAACCGUGCGAUUGUCAGAUGUUGCCCGUAUGGAAGAACAACAUUCUCAAUUACACGACCGUAUACUCGAGGUUCUACACCAGACAGAACUCGGUGUUACCGCCCACGUUCUCGCCCCAGGACUCGAUCAACGAGACCCCAGAGACAUUUCUGUGCACGGACGGCGAGAUAGAUGGCGUGCCGAUCAGUUUCACAGAGUACGAGUCCCGUCAUUGUUCCCUGGGCGGGUCAGUGAUGGUGUUCGUGAUCGGGAUCGCGGGCCUGCUCGCGUUACUGAUCCUGCUCGUCUGUCUGAUCGUCUGGUGCUGCAGAAGGCGACGUCGGAACAGCCGGAAGAAAUGGAUCAGCGUGCCGACGAACACACCCGACGUUGUCUCGAAGAAGAACGGCGUGAUCGGUCGUGAAGCUACCGCGUCCACCGCGCCGGUCGACAGCCGGAUAACGAUGGUGGUGCCCGAUGGAAGGCUUUACAGGGAGACGGAGUUCCAUGUGAUCGUCGAGAAAGCGGAACCGUUGACCACCGAGUUGUAA